AGCGUCAAGUCCCACAACCCCUGGCUCGCUAGGAGUAAGAGCUGUAACUGUAGCAACGGGUGUCUGGUGGGGAUGAGAGAAGACCGGAGAGGGUCAGAGCGAGAGGGGAUGAGGCAGGCUGAUCAGAGUCUGCACUGAUUGCUGGAGACCGCAAAGGAAAGUUCUUUCUAUGUCUUCUAGCCCCCCUCCCUCCCUCGCUCCCUCUCUCUCUAUAUAUCUCAAUAUCUCCCUCUCUGAAGAAACUAGAGUCUAGACUGGACAGCAACCACAAGAGAAGCACCUAGAAGGAGAAUUUUUCCCAGCAGCUUGCUCAGGACCCUGCAGGAGCCGCAGCUGGGACUGGACUGGACUGGCUGUUAACCAUGAACUCUUCCUGCUGCCUGUCCUCUGCUUAUCCGAUGCUGCCUAACCUCUCUGAGCACCCUGCAGCCCCUCCUGCCAGCAACCGGAGCGGCAGUGGGUUCUGCGAGCAGGUCUUCAUCAAGCCGGAGGUCUUCCUGGCUCUGGGCAUCGUCAGCCUGAUGGAAAACGUCCUGGUGAUCCUGGCUGUGGUCAGGAAUGGCAACCUGCACUCUCCCAUGUACUUUUUCCUGUGUAGCCUGGCUGCAGCAGACAUGCUGGUGAGCUUGUCCAACUCCCUGGAGACCAUCAUGAUCGCCGUGAUCAACAGCGACUCCCUGACCUUGGAGGACCAGUUUAUCCAGCACAUGGAUAACAUCUUCGACUCUAUGAUCUGCAUCUCCCUGGUGGCCUCCAUCUGCAACCUCCUGGCCAUCGCCGUCGACAGGUACGUCACCAUCUUCUAUGCCCUUCGGUACCACAGCAUCAUGACAGUGAGGAAAGCCCUCACCCUGAUCGGGGUCAUCUGGGUCUGCUGCGGCAUCUGCGGCGUGAUGUUCAUCAUCUACUCUGAGAGCAAGAUGGUCAUCGUAUGUCUCAUCACCAUGUUCUUCGCCAUGGUGCUCCUCAUGGGCACCCUGUACAUCCACAUGUUCCUCUUCGCCAGGCUCCACGUCCAGCGCAUUGCAGUGCUGCCCCCUGCUGGCGGGGUGGCUCCACAGCAGCACUCCUGCAUGAAGGGGGCUGUCACCAUCACUAUCCUCCUGGGCGUUUUCAUCUUCUGUUGGGCGCCCUUCUUCCUCCACCUGGUCCUCAUCAUCACCUGCCCCACCAACCCCUACUGCAUCUGCUACACGGCCCAUUUCAACACCUACCUGGUUCUCAUCAUGUGCAACUCCGUCAUCGACCCCCUCAUCUACGCCUUCCGCAGCCUGGAGCUGCGGAACACGUUCAAGGAGAUUCUCUGCGGCUGCAACGGCAUGAACUUGGGCUAGGAUGCCCGGGGAAGUGCUCCACAUCCAGCCAAGAGACAAAAACAACGCUCAGACGGGACGUAUCAGGUGUUAGGAGCUGGAACUGGGCUUGGCUUCCUCUGUAAGCUCGUGGCCCUUUGCAGAAGGGACAUGGCGUAGGAUGGGCUGUGAGAAUCUGUGUGUAGGUAAGUCAGUCUGAUCUAGCACAUAGUCUGGAAGAAUCAGGCAAAGCAGCCCCGAGUAUCAUCUGUGUUCAUUGCUAGGCACCCGGGGCUUGUGGCCCCUGCCUGCUCAUUUGCUUUGUACCAGUAACUGUGCUGCAAGCCAACCAGACGGGAGGGCUCUCGUGAACAGAAAGCGUGCUUAGACUUCUGGCAAGCGUCCUGGCUCACAGCGGCCACCUCCUGCUGCCCACUACCGGGAGAGCUUGGCACAUAUUCUGUGGGAGACUGUGAAGCCCUGAAAACAAUGUGAUGUUCGCUGCUCCCUUCCAGAACUUAUAUCUGUGCCUCCCCGAACCCCUGCACAGAGACAUGACCCCCUUCUCCCUGUGCUGCUGUCAUGGUUGUUAUUGUUGUUGGAGUUUUGUUCAUUAAAUCUAAGCUUCAAAACCUAAUGCAUCAAAGUGCUCUAGUCAGUGAGAAUCUAGUCCGAGAAUCCUGGCCAUUUCAAGGUAGAUGUCACUCUUUAAAGAACAAAGCAAACAAACAAACAAAAAACGAUGGUCUUCUACUGUUGCGUCUCUGCCUUUCAAAUGCGAGGAAAGCGCAGGCAGGAAGGUGUGCAUUUCACUAGAAACUGCUCUGCUGGCUUUGGUGACUGAGCAGCUGGGUCUGCCUCCUGCUCUUUCCUUACUCCCAAGCUCCUUUCUGACUCCUGGUAAGUGCGUGUCUAUCAAGUGGUUAUUUUAACAUCAUUUAUAAGAGAGGCUGUCUUGGCUGUUGUUUCUUUUGCUCGAUGCCGUGUUAAAGUCAAACGACCCUGUCAGCAACUUCUGUAUCUUGUCAAGUAAAGCAGUCACUCCCACCACUGCGGGGCAAGGUGAUGAACAGGCUUACCGUAUAACACCGGAUGAACAGGCUUACCGUAUAACACCGCUGGGUGCUGCUGCUGCCAACUGCCAGAUCCUUUAUUGCCCUAGACAACUUCAGCUUGUGAUAUCACCCUUGGUCUGUGUUUUCCUGCUCUUGAAUACAUGAGGCGGAGGGACCGUGCUUGAGUUUCCCCUGCUAACGUGAUGCAGACAUCAUUUGUUUCUUGCUUUAAUUGUGAUGCUUGGGGGGAUAAUAAAGGCUUUGGUUCCA